UCCCCGCCCUCCACAUCAUGUGAUUCAGGUGUUCCAAUGCCCUCCAUAUCAUGUGAUUCAGGUGCUCCAAUCCCCUCCCAAUCAUGUGAUUCAGGUGUUCCAAUCCCCUCCCAAUCAUGUGAUUCAGGUGCUCCAAUCCCCUCCAUAUCAUGUGAUUCAGGUGUUCCAAUCCCCUCCAUAUGUGAUUCAGGUGUUCCAAUCCCCUCCAUAUCAUGUGAUUCAGGUGUUCCAAUCCCCUCCAUAUCAUGUGAUUCAGGUGCUCCAAUCCCCUCCAUAUCAUGUGAUUCAGGUGCUCCCAAUCCCCUCCAUAUCAUGUGAUUCGGGUGUCCCGAUCCCCUCCAUAUCAUGUGAUUCAGGUGUUCCAAUCCCCUCCCAAUCAUGUGAUUCAGGUGUUCCAAUCCCCUCCAUAUCAUGUGAUUCAGGUGUUCCAAUCCCCUC